AUGGAUUACAACUUGAAGCAGGAGAACAGGAAGAAGUUCCAGGACAAGCAGAGGCUGAAACGGCACCACAAGAAAGACUACUCCAAGGUCGUCAAGCCGAGUGCUGAGGAAGCCGAAGCUGGCAUUACAAAUGACGCUGAGCCCAAGUUUGACGACGAGGGCAACGAGAUAGAGGAUCCAGAGGGUAAACCCGCAGUUGGCAACUCGUGGAGGUACAAGGAGGAGCUCACCGUUGCUGGAUUGGACGACGAGUCGUCAGAGCUGAUCAAACAGAUCGACUUCAAGAAGCUCUCGUCACGCGGCAUCGACCUCGGCACACCCAAGAAGGACAGGCUUGCUGGCAUGACCGACGACCAGCUGUUGCACUUCAGAUUCAACACCAAGAAAACUACAACCAGAGCUGAGACCAAGUCAACGAUGAGCCCACAGCUCCACACCUCAUCAACACCCCAGCACAGGGCACAGCCACAGCCACGGCCCAACAACCACACAAAGACCCCAGCAAACCUCCAAGGCGAUCAGUCGUUCCUAGACGACCUUAUAUAG